UUGGGCUAAUUUGACAUCACAGGAAGGCCAUUUAAUAGUUCAUCUAUAUAUAGAUGAUUGUAUAUCAGGUAAAUGGCUAGUGUUAUUAUAACAAAUUGUUCAGUUACUCUGUCAUAACGGACGUUGGAGAUUAAUAUUUCUUCCAUAGUCAGAGAGAGCCAACUGUAAACUCGUGUGCUAGCAACCUAUCGGACAGCCUUUAUGCUUAGCCCAUAGUACUAAUAUUAGCUACAGUGGGCGUAUUGUCUGUGAAAUCGCUUUCCUGUUUUAUUCAUUCUCGCUGCGUUGAAUAAUUUUACCAAAAAAUCUCGCAGGCACGAUGUUGAAUGAACCAGGAUGCCAGGAGUGUGGACGGUGCAAUAGUAAUGAAAUUCUGUCCACAGGUGUCCAGGUGAGAGAUAUACUAGCGGGAUGUGGAUUGCGAUCUUGGCCUGUGUUAGUGUGGUUAGGAGUGGUUUCAGAAAUGCACCUCGCGGUUCAUCUACGGUUAGUCAUUUGUCAGAACCCGUAAGGGAUGUUUUUGCACGGGUCUGAAAGCGGGAAGGCCUGCUUCAGAAAGAUCUAAACAUGACAAUAUCUCGGGUACAACGAGUUCUAUUUUUAAAAAAAACCUCUUACGCAGCCGCUGUAUAGCGUGGUACCAGCAGCUUAAUCUUCAGGAUUAUAUGGUUGGGAUUCGCGCAAGUACCAAGGUAAGGAAGGUGAAGUGCUUGAAUUCGAUUAACAAGCACAGUUUGAUCGUGACAAACCACCGAAUUAGCUAAAUCAGUAUAAACUUAGAUCAACGAGGCUUUUUCGUCUUGCGUGAUUCUUGAUUAACAAAUUGAUGGUUUAUAGCUCUGGUAAUAAGAGGGGACGACUCGUUGGUAAGUAGUAAAAUUUUGAUGGUUCAUAACGGAUUUUUUCGGUCGCGUGUAACUUUGUAUUAUGUAUGUCAUUUCUUGUUGUAGCGUGUCUCUUGGUGUUUGCGAAAAAAUUGCCCGACCACGAUGAUUACUAUUGCAGCGAAAAUUGCUUCGAAGAUCGAUCUUCCACAACCUCUUCUCGUCAAGCUGACGCUGGUAAGAAGUGCUAUACACAAGCCCGAGCACAUCAGAGCCACAUUGAAGUCUCUCGGUUUGAGAAAAAUGCACCAAUCGGUGAUUCAUAAGAACAUCCGUCCAAUUCGCGGUCAGAUCAAUCUGGUCAAACGUCAUAUCAAGCUUGAAGAAGUGAAUGUAGUGCCUAAGUGAAGCCGGAAGGUUUUAUACUGCAGUCCUACCUCAACCCGCAUCAUCCACAAUACAUUUUGUGCGAAUUUGGGCCCUAUCUACCAGACUCGACUGCGUGACAGGUUUUUUUUUUUGUGGUAAAUAAACUCCGUGUAUACAAUUUAGACCAUAGUGUGAUUUGCUCUAUAGACUAGUAUUUUCCGAGCCGAGUAUUUCUUCUCACCCGAUGACUUCGUUUGUGUCACGUUCUUGCUCAGAAGAGGGCAAUGCAGCCGUUUUUCCGAAGAUGAUCAGCGUUCGAGAACUGAGGUCUGUUUCGACAAUUGAAGACGUUCACGAGUACCUGAGUAAGGUUGAAGAGGCGGAGAGGGAGAUAGACGUGCGCUUGGCAGAGGACUUAUCGAGGGAAGUGAGGAAUGAGUACCAGGAGGUAGUUCGGACUUUUUUGCCUAGUCAACUACCCUCUUUGUCGUUGGAGCUAGAAAACGCAGAGAACGCGUUGGUUAGGGCGUCAGAACUUGCCGCGUUUCUGAGCGCCAGAGUGCAGCAGCUAAGUUCUAUUAGAGAGCGAGUGUGUCAUGCGUUGAAGCGCAUGACUCAGGUUAUUGAAGUUGCGAAGUGCGUUGAAAACGCCCAAUUUUUUUUGAAGCAGCAAGACGAAGAGAGGACGGCAGAUGAAUUUUCGAAGUAUCUGCGAUAUGAAGAAAGUGCGAUUGAUGAGCGUUCUAGACAGACGAUGGACCAGGUUCAGACGGAACUUCUGCGCAGGAUAGAUGGCGAGCUCACGCGGGCCAUUAGAGCGGGUGAUUUGUCGUCUGUUGAGCGCUACACGCGGUUGUUUGGGCUCGUUGAGAAGCCUGAGAGGGCGAUUGAGAAGCUUUGCGACCACGUUGCUGCCCAGGUGGACGUGGCGAGUACCAUUUCUGAGAUAGAGAGUUGGCAGGCGAGCCACCCGGGCGAGGUUUUGAACGAGGCCUAUUCUUAUGCGAUAUCUAUUGAUCUGUUUUUCAAGAGGCUCCACCGACAGGUCAGGCGACAGAGGGAUUUUUUGAGCCGAGCGCUUGGUUUUGGCGGGUAUGUGAGGGUGUUGGUUUCUUUGGAGCCGAUUGUGGCCAAAUACGCUCUUGAGUUGUUGCAGAGGUUUGUGGAGAGCGCCGGUGUGCUGGCGAUGAAGCAGAAGGUGGUGAGCGGCAAGUUUGCGGUGGAUGGCGAGAGCGCGGAGAGCGACUCGAGCUUGUCGUCGCAGCUGUUUUCGCUAGUGGAGUAUUUGGUCGUUGUGUUGCAGAGUUUUGAGAGGCACAGUCGGUUUUUGAAGUCGAGUGUGGAGCAGGCUAGGGGUGACGUGGAGGAGGCGUUGAGGCGAGCGGAGUCGGUGAAGGAGGGGGGUCCUGAUGGUCCCGCGCCGCGGCGGUCUGCUGCUGGGUGGGGGGGGGCGGAGGGACUGAGAAGAGAGCGGGUACAGAUAGAUGAAUUGGCGAAAAAAGCGAACUUUGACGGGUCUGAGAGUUUGCUCUACUGGGUGUCGGAGCUGGCCGAGUGCUACGUUUUGUUCGAGCAUUACCACCUGAAGGAGGUGAUGGGCAUGGUGGUGGAGCAGAGUGGCGUGAUAUUGGUUGAGGAUUUGUGCCAGGUGUCGACGAUGGCCGACAAUGUGUUUUUUUUGUUGAAGGAGUGUAUGGGCCGAGCGGGGGCGACGUUGAGCGUCAACAUAUUGUGCGCGGUGACGAAUUUGGUGGUGGCGGAGUUGGACGGUGGCUUUUUGACGGCGUUGGAGGAGAUUAGUUACUUGGCACCCGCGUCGUCGAGCGCGCCCGGGACAGGUCAGGGGGGUCAGAGCGCGGCGAUGAGGAGCAUACCUAUAAGGAACGUGCUGAUUUCGAUGAACACGAUUGCGCAGAGUGCGAGGUACGUGGUGGAGUUGAAGAGGAGCAUUGAGGAGCCGUGUGAGGGGGUCUUUGGCAGGGGGUCUCAGGAGUUGGACAAGGUGAUGGUUUGCUGCGAGGAGUUGGUCGCGGUGGAGGGGAAGAUUAGGAGGCAGCUGGAGGUGCAGAUGAAGUGGUUGAUGCGCCCGCUGAGUCACAAGAUAGCGGGCAUGUUGGAGGGGUUUGAUCGGGCCAACUUCAUUGUGAUGGACGGACAGCAGGCGGAGGGUCAGGCGUCGUGGGUGGAGACGUUGACGCACAGUUUGGACCAGUUGGUGGUUCCUUUGAGGGAGAGGCUGUGCAGGGAGAACAGGGAGGUCUUUCUCUCGUUGGUGGUGAGCAAGGUGACGGAGAUGUUGGAGGGCAUGAUUAUGAAGAAGGGGUACAAUUUGUUGGGUGCGGAGCAGCUCGACCGAGACAUGAGGGCGGUGGAGACGUACUUCGCGCAGCAGUCUCAGGAGUGCACGAAGGGCAAGUUUGGGAGGAUUUACGACAUAACGUUCUUGUUGACGUUGGAGCAGGUGGAGGAGAUUGUGGAGAUGUGGAACAGGGAGGAGGUGGACACGAGGUCGCGGAUGAGGUUGUCGCUGAGCGAGAUUAAGAGGGUUUUGGCGUUGAGGAUAGGAGCUUCGCACGAGGAGGCGACGAGGUUGGAGUUGGUGGGGUGGAGGAGAGACGGGGUGUUGAUGUAGAGAGGGGUUUGCUUAGAGAGAGAA